UCAGUGUGUGCAGAAGCUUAUAAUCCUGAUGAGGAAGAGGACGAUGCAGAAUCUAGGAUUAUCCACCCUAAAACAGAUGAUCAAAGAAACAGACUGCAGGAGGCAUGCAAGGACAUUCUUCUUUUUAAGAACCUAGAUCCGGAACAGAUGUCUCAGGUGUUAGAUGCGAUGUUUGAAAAGCUGGUUGAAGGAGGGGAACACGUCAUUGAUCAAGGAGAUGAUGGUGACAACUUCUACGUCAUCGAUAGAGGUACAUAUGAUAUUUAUGUAAAAUGCGAUGGUGUUGGGAGAUGUGUUGGAACCUAUGACAACCGAGGAAGUUUUGGUGAGUUGGCCUUAAUGUACAAUACACCCAGAGCAGCUACAAUUAUAGCUACCUCUCCUGGUGCCAUCUGGGGUUUGGACAGGGUAACUUUUCGAAGAAUCAUUGUAAAAAAUAAUGCCAAAAAGAGAAGAAUGUAUGAAAAUUUUAUUGAGUCAUUGCCAUUCCUUAAAUCUUUAGAAGUAUCCGAGCGUUUAAAAGUGGUUGAUGUGAUUGGCACCAAGGUGUACAAAGAUGGAGAACAAAUCAUUGCUCAGGGUGACUCGGCUGACUCUUUCUUCAUUGUGGAAUCUGGAGAAGUAAGGAUUAUAAUGACAAGGAAGGGUAAACAAGAUGUAGAAGAGAACGGAGCAGUUGAAAUAGCUCGAUGCUCAAGAGGACAGUAUUUUGGAGAACUUGCUCUUGUAACUAACAAACCACGAGCUGCUUCUGCAUUUGCUCUCGGCACUGUCAAAUGUUUAGUUAUGGAUGUGCAGGCAUUUGAAAGGCUUUUGGGACCUUGUAUGGAAAUUCUGAAAAGAAACAUUGCAAACUAUGAAGAGCAGCUAGUUGCUCUGUUUGGAACAAACAUGGACAUUGCCGAUCCCAGUGCAUGAACUAAACAUUGGAGCAACAAGACCUGUUAUGAGAAUAUAGCACAGUAGUGGUUAGUCCACUGAGAAAUUGUCUCUCUUCCUAUAGAUGCCAAGCAUUUUAAGAGUGGGUUUGGGGGUAUUUUUUGG